GACGGGCAGCCUCUGCAUCAAGGGUGACAGGAGGCACUGCCUCAGGACGGUGAAGGUCACCAGGGUCGCGGACACCAAGGUCAGCGCCAUGGAUUUCCAGACCUGGGAUGCAGACUGCGACCGGUCCUUCGAGAUGGCGCUUCCCCCACGCUGGGAGUUCCGGGACCGCGCCUUUGGGUCUCCGGGCAUCUGGCGGCCUUUCCAUGAGGCUGUCAGCUCCGAGAUCAACACCCUCGUCCGGCGGGGCCAGCGCCGUGGGACGGUGUCCAUCAACGGUGCAGACUUCGCUGUGGACCUCCAGGACAUGGUUGCCAUGCCGACGGAGCAGUAUGCUGUCCCGAGGAUGCUUCGGAAGAGUGUCCGGCAGCCGAAUGUCAACAAGAAGGCGUUGAAGCUGCUCUACCAGAAGUAUGCCGACGAGCUCCCUCCAGCGGACCAUCCGGGUGGGCCGGAUGGAGUGGCUGGCGAGAAGUUUUUGGAGUUCUUCAGAGACUUGGAGGUGGAUCCUGGGACAGAUGUCGCUGCUCUCGCCCUGGCAGCUGCCUGCAACGCAGCAGAGAUGGGCGUAUUUCGUCGGCGGGAGUCACUGGGCAGACCGGGUUUAGGACAGUAG